CCGCAAACCCGCCUCCCAGGCUGAUUUCUUUCGGUUUGGACGAACACACCUCGCCAUACAGAAUACACAGUCUACUUCCGAUUCAAUUGCCGUCGCGCCUCCCACCCAUCUUCCGCUCGAUCAUGGCGUCGCCUAUCCUCCAGGAGGGCGCCUCCAGAUCCCCCCCGCCCGGCAGCUUCCCCCAGGAUCCCUCGGAAUUCGACAGCGACCCGCGCAUCUCGUACUCGAAGCUCGACAGCAAAUUCAUCCUGGAGACGGAGGAAGGACAGGAAUACGUCUAUGACACGAUUCUGAAGCGGUGGAUUCCGACGGUCGAUGAUGACUUGCUACAACAGCAGCAAGAAGCAUAUAAAGUCCACGGCGUGGAUGAGAGUGAACUGGUGACUGCGGCGCAUCUGAAGAAGAAGCGCAAGCAACAGGGGACGGGCGAUGAGGGAAACGGACAGAAACCCAAGAAACAGCGCGUCAAUACGGCGGUCUACGUCACGUCGAUUCCUCUCGAUGCGCGGCUCGACGAAAUCCGGGAUAUGUUCUCCAAGUGCGGCGUUAUCGCGGAAGAGAUCGACAGCGGCCGGCCGCGCAUCAAGAUGUACAAUGGUGAUGACGGAAAAUUCAAGGGUGAAGCCCUCGUCGUCUAUUUCCGACCCGAGUCGGUCAACCUUGCCAUACAGAUGCUGGAUGAUUCGGACUUUAGGCUGGGCGUCACAGGACCGCAGGGGCCUAUGCGGGUCCAACCGGCGGAUUUCUCGUACAAGAGCCAACAGGAAGCACCGACUAAGACGAGUAUGAGGGACAAGAAGAAGAUCAUGCGACGGACUCAGAAGUUGAAUAGCAAACUUGCGGACUGGGACGAUGACGAUCCGUCGGCCUUGCCGGAGACGAGCUCUCGUUUUGAGAAGGUCGUCAUUCUGAAGCACAUGUUCACGCUGAAGGAAUUAGAAGAGGAUCCCGCAGCCAUUCUCGACAUCAAAGAAGAUAUCCGCGACGAGUGCUCGAAGCUGGGCGAAGUGACGAAUGUGGUGCUGUAUGACAGAGAACCAGAAGGGGUGGUGAGCGUUCGCUUCCUCGAUCCCGAAGCCGCCCGGGAAUGUGUGAAGAUGAUGGAUGGCCGCUACUUCGGUGGCACCCGCGUGGACGCAUAUAUCGCAGAUGGCAGUGAGAAAUUUAAGAAGACCAAUGAGAAGCGAGCCGCGCUGGAAGAUCUGGCGGAGAAGGGAUUCGACCAUGUCUCGGACGAGGAUGACGAGGAGGAGCAACGGUUGGAUGAGUUUGGCACGUGGCUAGAGAGUUCUCACACGGUCGAGAACACCGCCAAGUGAAGUGCUGCUGCUUGCUGUAUGUUGAAUCGGGUGUGCAUAUCUGGACUGGUGCGAUACAUACGGUAGCUGCGACCAGCCCGUAUCCUAGGUAGAUGGCGGACCCCUUGUACUAUAGCGUUCUGGGAUGCGAGUGGUUGAUUGGAUAUAUGAUCAUAAUUCUCAUAAUGCAAGAAAAUCGGACAGUUUGUUUACCUGCUGUUUGUAGACGGUCCGGAG